AUGGGUGUGGUGGUCCAACAUAUGGCACGGAGGCAUGCUUCAGUUGUCUUGAGUGGACAGAUUUGGUCGAAGCAAAAAGCCGCAUGGGGAUAUGGACGUCGGUGCGAAGAGGGUGACAAUAAUUCAAUUGACCAUGACUUAUUCUCGUGGCGAAUUUCUAAUGGUACUGGGACAGGGAAGGUUUUACCACGCUAUAUUGGGAAACCGAGUUGCCGCCUUAUGACGGUCUAG